CAGCCUGGGCCGGGGGAGACGGGCUUCCCUAGGACGGAGCGUCGGGCCCGACCGGCUAGCCGGCCUCAUCACAAGCUGCAGGCUACUGCCCCGAGGAUGCAGAUGAAUCCACAUCCUCGAAAGCAAAAGUCCAACAGAACGACUUUUUCGCAAUCGACUGGCCAGUUCCCUUCGAAUCCUAACUUACACGGAUUGCGCCAGUCAGAAAGAGAUGCCUACGAACUCAUUGCGGAAUUUCUAGAUCAAGGACAAGGGUCCGAGUUGGAAAAGCUGAAGUUCCUGAGGGCCGUGGAAACCUUGAGCAGCGCUGUUCACGCCCAGCCAAAUGGCAAUAUGAAUGAUUAUUUUUCCAAAGCCAUUCUGGCCAGGAAAAUUGAGGUAUUAAUCCUUGAAGAAAUCACCGAGGCCUUGGUCAGCAAUGUGCGUCCGCAAGCCAUGCUCUGCAUCGUGGCUCUGAGCCAGGUGAAUCCACCGUUCUACUUAUCCCAGAAACUGGACCUGGUAAAUGCCUGCAUCUCUAGCAUAUUCUCUCUGCCACUUAUCAUGCCCAGUCUAGACCGAAAGGAGAGCGCUAGUCUCUACCUCCAGACGAUCCAAGCCUUAGAUGACAUGUUACAAGCUCUCGUGAUGGAGGAUAUGGAACCCAAUAUGCCCAUACUGCAGAACUUCCUGGAGAUCAUCUUGCCUUGGUUAACGCUGUCAGAGAAAGUGCACGAACAGAGCCGGGCCUUGGGCACCAUCUCCCGGAUGCUGAGGUUUAUUUGCAAUUUCCCAGAACUGUCGCACUUGACAGAGUUCUCCAUCACUGGGAAGCUCAUGGGCAUCCUAGGCCUGUUCUGCAUGAACACCAACUAUGAGAUCAGCGCAGAGGCCUCGGAGGCACUGCAUUACUUGUUCAAAAUCCUUGUGCUUCAUAGAAGUCUGAAGCAGAAGACGGAGGGCAUCCUGAAGGAGCUGCAGAAGCAUUUCCGGGGAGGAUGGUUUGCCAACAUCCAGAGUCUCACAAUGUUCUUCCGGAAAUACCUGACCCCUGAAGAGAGAGCAGAUGUGAUCAUGGUGUCAAUGGAGACUAUGAGCAGUGCCAGCAGGCAUGACGUCUGUGCGGCUUCCAAGAUGCUAAAGAUGAUCCUGAAGCACUCGCUGCCGGAAAUCGGGAAGGUGCCAGAAAUCAUCCAGUACACUUACCACAAUAUGAACAGCAUCACUGAAACUACGGCCCAAGGGACCAUAGAGAAGAUCCUUUACCUGCUGGCCCAGACCUACACCGAUGAAGUUAUCCUGACACUAUUUAAGAUGGAAGAUCAGUCACAAAGGGGAGUUCACAAGCCCUGGGAAAUCCUGGCAUCAUUCCCCAAAGGCUAUGAAGUGAUCAUGGAAUUUCUGCUGCAGAAACUGACUCCACACCAGAAAUCAAAGAGCCAGGAGCCCAGCCACAGGAGAGAGAUCUCUCCGUUGAUUGCCACCAGGGCCAUCCACGAGCUCCUGCUGGAACCGAAUCGGCGGAUAGAGGUGCAGACCUUCUUCUCCUCCCUGUUUAUGACCCUGCUGAACCAGAUCUCCUUUCUUGUGGUUGAAGGGGGCACCGACAUCCAGGAUCAGCAGCAUGUAACCGAAUGGGUGGACCCUGUCAGUGCCACCGUGGAGGCCCUGAAGGCUUUGAUGCUAAGGGCUGGGUAUGGGGACUAUGUGUCUUUUGUUCAGAAACUUGGGGGCUGGGAGCUGCUCACCAGUCCUGAAAGACACUAUGAGGGUGUCACUCUGCUGGCCAGGGCCAUGGUCGUCAAGAACUGUUGGCACAACCGCCCCAUCUUCAGCUUCAUCAUCAAAACUCUCCAAGAAGUGGGCAACACGAACCACUUGACAGCCUUCGUGUUCAUGACCGAGCUGCUCCGGUGCCCAGGUGUGGUGGCCACAGUGGAUGAGGCCACGGUCUGCGUCCUGGCAGGCUGGUUCCAGUAUGAGGAGCCCAGCACGGUGAAGCUAUUGCUGCAGGUGGUUGGGAUCUUUGCAAAGCACGGGAACAUGGUGCGACAGCUCCGCAUCCUGCAGCCCUACGUGCUCAACUGCUGUUACUCCCUGGACAGCGACAUUGUGAUGGAGACCCUCGCGCUGCUCAGGUGUCUCAUGGAGCACCUCACCUGGCAGCACUCCUCCUCCUUCCUCAUUCAGCUCACCUUCACGCUGGGGCCCUUCUUUGAGGAGGAGCCCGACCACCUGCGCUUGCUGGCCUUUGAGAUCUACAGGGCUCUCUUGGCCAAGGUCAAGAGGACGGUGCUUGUCUUCCCCUUGAAGCACCAGGUCCUCAACCUGACAGUCCUCCUCGUGCUCCACCUGGAGGAUGUGAAUGCCAGCGUGGCUCAGGUCUGCCGGUCUGCCCUGUGCCACACGGCCGCCGUACUGCGCUGGUCAAGGCUCAGAGUGGUGUUUGCUGAGAAGGACGUGUGGACCAUCCUCCGAGCGCUGCUGCAGCAGGAGGCAAGCAAAGCCCUUUGGUUCCUGAAGCAGUGUGUGACUCUCUUCAAGAGCCCCCAGGCCGCCAUCCGCCAGACAGCAGUGCGGUUUGCAGGCCAGAUCAUCCAGACCCUGGACGCCGAGGAGGCCGAUGACAUUGAGGAAGUAUGCACAGCCCUAAAGAACAUGCAGGAGGACCCUGACCCCAUGGUCAGCUGCCUCGCCACUCAGACCCUCUACAUCCUGGAAGCCAAGGAGAAGCUGCAGGCCAACACCUCGACCUCCUGCUUCUGUGGGCGGAGGGCUCAGAAGAGCUACUCCUGAGCCUGCGUCCCCAGGGCCUGGCCAGGCAUCUGCUACCGUGACACGAUGUGACAGUGGGGCCAGGCCCCCAGAAGACGACGUGUGCUCCUCACAGCCUUGUAAUAAAAGGAAGAGGCACGAA